CUAUCUGGUUCACUUAUGGACGCCACAGUUUAGCUGGUUAGUAGUGUUGUAUACAUCUCUGUUUUAUAUGACAACAAGCAUGCAUCUUAUUUCAAGAAUAUGCAGUUUAGGUCGGUUGUAUCUACUGGUUCUUAGCCUACAGCUAACAUUAUCAUCUGCUGGGAAGAUGAAGAUUGUGGAAGAACCAAAUACAUUUGGACUCAACAAUCCUCUUUUAGGCCAAGGCAACAGGCUUCAGCCCAAAGUGUCUCCAUCACCAUUUUCAGGACCUCCUCAUCUUCAUGUCCUGGCUGGGAAGUGUUUCAGUUACACAGAAUCCACGUAUAAAUAUGAGUUCUGUCCUUUCCACAACGUGACUCAGCACGAGCAGACGUUUCGGUGGAAUGCUUACAGCGGGAUUCUCGGGAUAUGGCAGGAGUGGGAGAUCGCAAAUAAUACCUUCACAGGCAUGUGGAUGAGAGAAGGAGACUCGUGUGGAAAUAAAAACCGGCAGACGAAGGUCCUCCUGGUCUGUGGGGGCAGCAGUAAGCUGGCGCAGGUCUCGGAGCCCAGCACCUGCAUGUACUCUUUGACCUUCGAGACGCCAUUGGUGUGUCACCCACACUCGCUUCUGGUUUAUCCCGUGCUUGGCGACAAACUUCAGAAGGAGUGGGACGAGGCAGAGCAGGCUCUGUACGAAGAGUUUGUCACGGAGCAGGGAUACAAUAAACUUCUGAAAGACAUCUUUGAGGAGGCGGGAUACCUGAAAACCCAAAAGGUGAAGGAGACCCCAAAUGUCCAGAAAAACCCCAAAAACUUUGAGUCCUUGGAGAAGUGCAGUGAGGAAGUUAAGAAACUGAGUGAGGAGGUCAAGAGACUUCAGGUCCUUCUGACUCAUCACAACAUUUCCAGUAAUAAACAGCCAGGAGGAAAGUCUCAGGCAGCUGGUGGUGCGACCCCAGCUGUACUUUCUCAGGAUGGACACCUUCGUGGUGACCCUGGAGUGCUCCCUGGUCUGCUGUGACGAUGUCUGUCGUCCAUAUCAUGGCGUUGGAGCCUGGGAAUCCUGUGCAUUUGUCCUCGGAUGCCUGCUGGUGGCUGGAGGGAUCUGGGGAUGGGUUUUUUCAAAGUGUUAGUGAACUGUGUCUGAGAAGCUCUGCCUUUCUGAAGAAUUACCUGUGCAUGGCCUUUCCGGAUUAUUCUCCAGGAUUUAUCUUCUGUCCUAACAAGGCCAGUACUGCCCAGGUCCCAAGCCAACCUUUAUUACCAAAUCAAAUACCACUGACUUAAGUAACUUAGUUACUCUGAAAUCUCUCUAGCUCCCUUUAUUUUAUGCCCAUGUGGGUUUUUCCUGUAAAUAUGUCGCUUUUUGUAAUAGGUGAGAACCAUUGAAAAUAUCAGUGAAUCAGACAGUGUUGUAUCAUGUUGUAUCAAAUUACUAAUUUAUGAUCCUUUUUCUAGAUGCUGUAAAAGCAAAGUGUAAAUAG